CGCAAACUACGGCGGUUGCGGUGUUGAAACUUCCAUAGCGACAAUAAAGAUGUACCAGCUUGGGGUGUUUGACCAGUUCCAGUUCCCGUCACGGGGAUCUGUGACGUAUGUGCUCGACAUCACCAGAACAGAUAACGGCAUCGCCACUAUUUCGUCAGACCAGCGCCUUUCGCUGUUUGACCCAACUCGGAUUUCCGCUGGGCCUGUGGCUAGCUUGGUAACAGAUCAUGGAAACCUGGCUCUGUUGAAGAUUCUAGAUGGUGGUCUUGCCUGUACUGCGGGUGAAAACGGUACAGUCUCCGUCUGGGACUUUCGCCAGCCAAGCAAGAUUGGCAGUGUAACGCAGUUCAGAGCUAGCCAAGCGCCCAUAAUGUCUAUGGCCUGCAAUGCUGGUACACAGACUAUUGCUGUUGGCACAGAACUACAGAGCCACACAGCGUCUAUAUUCCUCUGGGAUAUCCGCAACACGCCGGCGGCAAAGGCAACAUACAAGGAAGUGCACAGUGACGAUAUUACCGAGCUGUCAUUCCAUGCUACACAGCCUGCGCUUUUGCUCUCCGGUUCGACCGACGGCCUCGUCAACGUGUACGACACACGCAUCACCGACGAAGACGAGGUUGUUGUCCAGACCUUUAACCACAACUCCUCAGUCCACCAUGCGGCCUUCCUUGCACCGUCGAGCGAGAUUCUCGCCAUCUCGCACGACGAAAAGUUUGCACUCUACGACGUUGGUGAGGACCGCGUGGAUGGCAACGCCACACAAGACUUUGGCGACCUGAGAGAACUCCUCGGGUGCCAGUACAUUGCCAACAUUACCCCCAAGAUGGAUGGUGCUGGUGCUAUUAUUGGAUCUGGAUCUACUGAAAAGCAGACAUUUGAGCUUGUCUUCCUGGCCAAGGGUGCCGAUCAGAUGUGGAACUUUGAUAGAGACAAUACUGUUGGUCUGCCAGGUGGCCAUGGCGAAGAGAUUGUGCGAUCAUUUUGCUUCUUUGAUGAGGAGCAGGUCGUCGUCACUGUUGGUGAGGAUGGCUGUGUCAAGGCCUGGAAGUAGAACCAAACAAACGGUCUGCAACCAAAAGAGGAAAACGAAAAUGAAAGGUUACGAUAUAGAAUACCCAUUGGAAAAAUCAACAGUGCUUUUGUGUUUCUCUGGUCUAGAAUAUAAAUACAAAUACAAUCAAUCAUCCACUGUACACCCACUUCCCACCCUGACUCAACUAAAUUUAUCAUGCUUGCCCUUGACCUUGAUAUCAAGCAGCUUCUCAUAAUAAUCACCCUCUCUACGCGCCCUCUUGAGUAUGCGCACUUCAUCCUCCUCCAACCGUCUACCAACGGCCUCCUCCAGCUCACGCCUGCUAAUCUUAGCCAGGGCCUUUUCUUCCUUGGACGUCUUUGUUCUCGGCUUGAAGCGCGCCUGCAUACGGAUACGCAGCGUCGUAUUGAAUGUGAUUUCGUCCGCAUCACCUCGGAUCUCUGAUUUCGCAGACACCGACGACGACGUCGACGCCUUCACAGAGAGGAACGUCUCGCGCUGUGUCAUGAUCUGAAAGGUCCCCGGCGUGUCGGCCGUAGCAACCACAUCAAACGUCUCGAGCGGCGAGAUGGCUUCCGAUGUAGCUGAGAGCAGGCCGACCUUGUCGCAGGCUAGAUAUCGCCCGUGGUGGCCACGGAAGCGGAAGUGCUCGGUGCCUGCGAUGCGGUUGGCCACCCAGACCUGUCGGACAUCGUGCGGCUCGGCAGUGACGGGAUUGUUGUCGACAAUGUUUUCUAUCGGCAUCGCAAAGACCUUGCCCGCGGCGUCGCAGGCUAUCGCGGCUGGCUUGUCCGACGGCAGCACAAUCAUGACGGGGCCGACAAGGUCGGUGACAGCUUCGGCAGAGACCCAGCUGUCGUCUUCGCCGGCAUCCUGCUGCUGCUCUUGAUUAUCGGCGUCGCGGCGCUUGACAGCUGAUGAAGAGCCGCUGGCAUCGUUAUCGCGCUCUGAAUCGGUUCUCUUGCGCUUCUUGGGCUUCUUGUCGCCCUUGAAGGAGAGCGGCUUGACCAUGGCAGAGAUUCCCCCGUGGCGCGUCUGCGGUCAAUUGGUCGAUGGGAUUGGACCAGCCGACUCGUUAAAGUGCGUCUAUCGUAUCGGAGAGGAUCAGCAAUGAUACCUCCGCUCGGCUAGUGAGUGUACGUGAUCGGGCUCGGAUGGUGGUGGUUGCUUCAGCGAGUCGCCGGCGAGGAAAAUGUCAUCGGAGCCUGCCGAGAUCC